AACAUCUCUCAAAAACCUAGAAAUUGCAGGUUUCAUGAACGGGAAUACCGUCGAUCAUCCAUCCGACAGCACGAGGAUACAUAGGAAAGCCACACGCGUUUCUCAAAAAGGCUGCACAGCUGAAAUUCUACAUGGUACCAGACCGGGGCCAUACGGGUCUCCUUUCUAGCUUCGUACGCUCUACUGUCGGUGCGUGCAUGAGGAUAUUCCCGCCCUGGAUGGAACAGGACUUAGAAGGGUUUGGGUGCGAGCUAGUUGGUACGGAUCAUUCAUUUUAAAACAGCGCCAUGAAAACACGGACAAGGGAGGCUCGUCCUGUGUCCUCCCUCGUCCGUGGUUUUUUUUUUUGGCGCUGUUUUAAAUAUGAAUGAUGGAACAGGGUUCGACCUACUGAACACGCAUUUCGACCUUUUAGUCAUGAGACGGACGCUUUGACAGAUCCUUCGCCCUGGUGACGUGUCUUAAGCUAAUGGGAAGCAUCAGAGACUACUAAGGUGCAAAGGGCGCCGCAUAGUGAAUCCAAGUCAACUACGAGCAUUGCGUAUGCCCGCACUAGACAUAUAUACGAGUGCUGUCAUGGUAGAGCGAACCAACGUCGGGACAAGAUGUAUAGCUCAUAUUGCUCUGGCCUUACAAUGCUAUUCGCCGCCAGGUAACCAGACUUACGGGUGGUAUGAUGACCUCCGAUUCGAUCCUAAUUGUAUUAGCCCCACAGGACAGGUUCUGGGGGACAAUAGGACUGGAGUUACGCAAUUUAAGUUUGCCUUGAACACAGGCCUCUUGAGGGUUACACACGCACUUUAUUAGCGAUAGUUUACUUCAGAUGCAACACCGAAGCUGUAGCAAGAUUGGAACAGCAGGCGACUCCGUUUUGCGACUUUGCCGCUGCCGAUUUCGCCUGCUUCAGGAACUCAUUUACAUAAACUUGCACGAAGCGAGAAUGUGCUUUAAUAGAUACGUUUCAACAGCGAGUGGCCCUCGCUCAUUUCACCAUCAAAAGACUCCCAACGGAAGGUACGAAGACCCUCGAGCGAAGCAUUUCCGAGAACGGAGUUUAUUGUCCGUAAAAUUUGACGCGCAACAUCCGUAAAACAAUCCCAGAUUCGUAAACAUUACGAAGAAUUAUAUAGGAGAGUUGGCAGGUAUGAUGCAGCUGAUUUUCUGUAACUGAGAUAUGAUGAAGUUGGGCAAGUCACGUAAUGUGUAGGUCAGAUAAACAUUGGUCUAUCGAAGCAACAUGAUGGAUGUUAGCGGCAGAGAAUUAGGCGGAGCGAUGAUAUCAGAUUUGCAGUUGUAGGUUGAAGUCAGCUGAUGCAAUCAAGACAGGGUUAAUUGGAGAUUUACGCUUACUCGUAGCUGCGUUCCUUUAGAAAACGCACAAAAAGCGAGGUAACUUCGAGAACUGUGUGCUUGAUAAGCGGACGCACCCCGAUUGCUCGUAAGCAAAGUUUCUAGCACAAAAAAAAAAAAAGAGAAACAAUGUUCGGCUUGUUCUAUGACAGCUGUUCAGUGCUAGGGUACACAGAAAGGAUAUGAAGGGAGAGAAUGACAACCAUUACGCAUAUGAAUAACAAUUAAGAAAAAAAAAGGCAUGUUAUAUCAAUGUGCACUUUUUUAGAGAAUUCAACGAUUGCGCAACCGUACAUAUACGUGGAUUUUUUGCUGAUGCGGGCACACUCUGGAUCGACUUAUGCUCAUCCUGCAACAAUGGCGCCCACGUGAAGCGCGUCCUCUUCCUCGCCACACAAAACAACGCAGCCGGCGCUCAACAGUGGACGUUGCAGCCAAUCGGCCGUGCUCGUGAAUCACGCGCUCGGUGGGCCCAUUGAGUGCGCUCGCGGCAGCUGGCUCGAGACACGGGCUUCGGCAGCGAAAGAAGACGACGACGACGGGCGGCAGCAGGCACCAUCGGCAGCGCCAGCGAGCGCAGCAGCAGGUCCAGCAUUCAUUGGCAGCCGCAGUAGCGUGGCGGGAGGCGACGAGGACGAGCGGGGCCGCAGAGACCAGCGUUCGGGAUCCAGCCACCGGUCAUCGCGCAGCCAGCCAGUCAGCUAUGGGCACGGCGGACGAGAAGCGCUGGGAGGAGGAGGAGGAGGACAACCACGACAAGGACUCCGGCCUCGAGUCGCUGAACGGCUCGUCCGAAGAAGAGGACGAGCUGGCGCAGCGCAUCGUGGCCCAGGUCGAGUACUACUUCUCGGACGAGAACAUCCUGCGCGACUCGUUCCUCCUGAAGCACGUGCGGCGCAACCGCGAGGGCUACGUGAGCCUCAAGCUGAUGGCCUCGUUCCGCAAGGUCAAGAGCCUGACCAAGAACUGGGAGCUGGUGCGCGAGGCGCUGCGCUCGUCGUCCACGCGGCUCGAGGUGAACGCAGAGGGCACCAAGGUGCGCCGCCGCGAGCCGCUGCCCGAACACGACGAGACUGCACCCUCGCGCACCGUGGUCGCUUUUCCCCUCGUGGACCGCGUCACCGUCGAGGCCGUGGCCGAGAUCUUCUCGCGCUGCGGGCCCAUCUCGCUGCUGCGCCUGCUGCGUCCUGGCGGACCCGUGCCGCCCUGCGCCAAGCGCUUCCUCCAGCGCCAUCCGGAGGCCAGCGGCUGCUCGGCCGCCGUCGUCGAGUUCGAGCACCACGAGGCGGCCAGCCUGGCGGUGCGGCAGGCCAGUCCGCUGCUGCGCGUGCUGCCGCUCUCUCCGCCGACGGUGGUGGGCCUGCUGCCCACCCCCGCUGCUGCUGCUGCGGACAGCGACGGGCACCGCGGUGGGCAGAACGGCGGCAGGCCCACCGGCAACCGCAGCGUGCGAGUGCCCGGCCCGGGCGGCGCGGCGUGCAACUCCCCGUGCCCCUCGUCGCCGUCGCCGCUGCUGGGCCCCCGACACAAGUCACACAGCCAGGGUGACGUGAGCGCUGCCGGCCUGUGGGUCAAGAAGCGCCCCGACGGGCUGGGGCCCGUGCUUCGCCAGCCCCGGGGCCCAGACGGCACGCGCGGCUUCCAUGACCGCAGCAGCGCCUGCCUGGCGCCCUCCUGAGCUCAAGCAGACCAACGAGCGCGCGCAGGCCCAAAAUUCGGCUGCUCCGCCCCACACUUUUUUUUUCUCUCACUGUGUCUUUUAUUGUGUCACAUUAAACUUGUUCCACCCUCA